GGAUGCUGCUAAAAGACCAGCCAGCAGAGAGAAGAACUGCAGAGAGAAAGGUAGUGUAACCUCCCAGGAAAAACAAAGAUGAUCCAGCCUCCAUCAGGGCAGAAAAGAUUCAGGACAGAGAAGUGAGAGGCUGGGAAGAUCACUAUCAGGUUUGCAAAGAGACAAGUAGGCUAAAAAGUUUUCUGCGUAGUCAUCAUACUGCAAUGGAAUAAAAGGUGGAGGAAAGGAGUCAUUUUGUAGUCCAGUCAGGUGAGGAUUAGAAACUUCAGGAGUCGACCCAGAAAUCCCAGAAGCUGAAUGACGAUGAAAUUUGAAGAAAAGCCUGAGGGCAAUGGAAGCCUUGUAGCAAAGAGUCAGCCUUUCCUAGGUAAGAAGCACCAGGCAAAUGGGAAACCAGUGGCAAAUGGGAAGGCUGAGGUCUCUGAAAGGCAGGAGGCAAAUGGGAAGUAUGAUGUGCCCAGAAAAAGCCUCAAAACAUACAGCUGGCAGGAGAUUCAGAGACACAACCAGGAGACUGACCAGUGGCUGGUGAUCAAUCGCAAGGUCUACGAUGUUACCGGCUGGGCGGACAGGCAUCCCGGUGGGCGCCGGGUCCUCACCCACUAUGCUGGGGAAGACGCCACGGAUGCCUUCAGAGCCAUGCAUCUGGACCUUGACAUUGUGCGAGUGUACCUUAAACCACUGCUCAUUGGAGAGCUUAUCCCAGGAGAGCCCAAUCAGGAGAGAAACAAAAACCCCCAGUUGGUGGAAGAUUUCCAAGAACUGAGGAGGACAUUAGAGGCUAUGAAUAUGUUCGAUGCCAACCUGGGGUUCUUCUUCCUGCACCUCGCUCAGAUCUUGAUUUUGGAAGUCCUGGCUUGGGCAAUGGUGUGGCAUUUUGGCAGUGGCUGGCUUAUUACAAUAUUCAUUUCCUGUCUUCUCACGGUUUCUCAGGCUCAAAGUUCAUUUCUGCAGCAUGACACAGGACACCUUUCCAUCUUUAAGAAGUCCAAAUGGAACCACCUGAUGCACAAAUUCGUGAUGUGUCACCUCAAGGGCCUAUCAACAAACUGGUGGAAUUACCGGCACUUCCAGCAUCAUGUAAAACCAAACAUCUACCCCAAAGACCCAGACAUUGAUAUGGGCCCACUUUUUGUUCUUGGAGAUUCGCAACCUAUCAAGUAUGGCAAGAAGAAAAUCAAAUACAUCGACUACGAGAAGCAGCACCUGUACUUCUACAUGAUUGGGCUCCCCCUUCUCAUGCCUGUAUAUUUCAACCUGCAAUCCAUGCAAGUGAUGUACCUCCGAAGGUACUGGGAGGACAUCGCCUGGGUCAGCAGCUUUUACAUCCGCUAUUUCAUCACAUUUGGCCGUUUCUAUGGAAUCUUCGGAACCAUGGUGCUCAUAUAUUUAGUCAAGUUUCUUGAAAGUCCCUGGAUUGCAUAUGUUACCCAGAUGAGCCACAUACCAAUGAAAAUGAGCGGAGAGGAGAACAAGGACUGGCUCAGCACUCAGGUCGUGGCCACCUGUAAUGUUGAACAGUCCUUUUUCAAUGACUGGUUCACUGGGCACCUGAACUUCCAAAUUGAGCACCAUCUGUUCCCCACGAUGCCGCGCCACAAUUAUCACCAGGUGGCGCCUCUGGUCCGGUCGCUGUGUGCCAAGCACGGACUGCAGUACGUGAACAAGCCCAUGCUGAAGGCGUUUGGAGAUAUCGUCAGGGCCUUGAAGAAAUCCGCAGCCCUCUGGGUGGAAGCUUAUUACACACAACCAGAGACAUGACGCGGACGUGCCUGUGUCAAAGAGAAAACCACAGGCCCAAAAGGUGUCACCUGUGCUAAAGCCCAGGAUACCAAACCUCUACAAUAGCUGACUUAACUGCAGUUUCAACCUUCCCCAGAAAUAUAAUCUUAAACACCUAGUCUGGAAUUUUCUGAUCAGCACAGAGGAGGUCAUCUGUCACGUGGUUCCUCUCCAUCCCUGCCACCCUCCACCCAUCCCAGGAAGAAGAGGUGAUCUGCAUGAUAAAACCCUUGUCAUUUCCUUGUCAUUCCCUCUCCCUUCCCCCCCCC